CCUUCUGUCGACUCUCACUUUGCUUUCAUUUUCGGGGUUUUAGGGUUUUUGCGAUUCCCAUCUCUUCUCAUUCUUUCUCUCUCCUCCCUCCACCGUUGUAUCAACCGCCAUGACUGCUCAAACUCAAGAAGAGCUUCUCGCUGCCCUCGAACAACAGAAAAUCGAUGAUGAACCCGUUGUUGAGGAUGACGAGGAUGAUGAUGAUGACGACGAGGAUGACGAUGAUGACAAGGAUGAUGAUGGUGAAGGGGUACUUGAUGCUAGCGGUAGGUCAAAACAAAGCAGAAGUGAAAAGAAGAGCCGAAAAGCUAUGUUGAAGUUGGGGAUGAAGCCUAUCACUGGUGUGAGCAGAGUCACUGUGAAGAAGAGCAAGAACAUUUUGUUUGUCAUCUCAAAGCCUGAUGUGUUCAAGAGCCCAACAUCAGAUACAUAUGUUAUCUUUGGUGAAGCAAAGAUUGAAGAUUUGAGCUCACAACUUCAAACUCAAGCGGCAGAGCAGUUCAAGGCUCCGGACUUGACCAAUGUUAUCUCCAAGCCUGAAUCCUCUUCAAUGGCUCAGGAUGACGAGGAUGUUGAUGAGACCGGAGUGGAGCCUAAGGAUAUUGAGUUGGUUAUGACACAAGCCGGAGUUCCAAGGGGCAAGGCAGUCAAGGCUCUCAAGGCUGCAGAUGGAGAUAUUGUUUCUGCUAUUAUGGAACUGACCAAUUGAUAAACUGGCGUUCUUUAUCUUUUUGUGUUGUUUUAGUUAGUCAUUUAGUGCUUCCUGAAGCAUUGUCUUGAAAUUUGAGGAAUUUUCAGAAGCUGUUUGUUUUCUUGCAGCUGUUGUACCAGUAAAACUUUUGAGAAUAUCUUAUAUGUGAUGAAGCAAAGCACUUGUUUGA